GCGCCACAACAUCACAGGCGCCCCUUCUCCAAAUGCCCUAAUGGGUUGUUGAUGUUGCUGAAACGCUAUGAGAUUGACAGAACCGUAUAGCAUCAGAUAUGAAGGAUGUACAUACAAUGAUUUCACGAUCUAAAAUGCGUGGUGUCAACGACACGAGAUAGUCGAGCCCCCCACGUAUCCAAAGUGCCAAAUUAGCUAGCUAGCGCCGUGUAGCUAGCUAACUAGCAAGCAGUGGUAGAUUUGAUACCUUCCUGGGGCAUAUUGCUCAAGUAUUUUUGACUUGUUGCAUGUGGUGUACAUGUAAUGGUCGGGAAUGCAUUUCUCUAAGAAAUGUUCGGUGUUCAAAGUGGUGCUCGGCGCUCUGGUGCUCGUGGCACUCUUACAAAUGAUCUACCUCUCCUUCCUAUCGAAACUGCACGGUAAGCAGCAGCGCUACCGAUACUCAGAGCUUUUCGGGAGCUCUGGCAAGAAAAAUGUCCACCCGGAGAUAAAUUCACGGAAAGAGCGUCUCAGGUACUCUUUGUCCACAGGGGGUUUCUUUGAUGCCAGCGGGCAAUACCGCGUGUACAAGAACUUGAUCAAAAGCGAUUUCUCUACCAAUCAGAAGCCAGGAGCGGAUGCGAGCUCUCACUUCUUGGCCUUAGCAACGCACACAUCCAUCAACAAUUUGCAUCACCUGAAUUCUUUAGUGGAAAGGUGGCAAAACCCUCUCUCAGUGGCCAUAUUCGCUCACGGCCAAGAUGUCAAGUUUGCCACAGCCCUGGUCUACGCCCUCAGCAUCUUCUGCCCUCAAAUCCAGGCCUUGGUGGACUUCCACUUGGUGUGCCACUCUGGGCAGAUGGCCAGUUUCCCGGAGCAGGACCGGGAGCAUUUCACCGGGCUUGAGGACUGUGCCGCUGUUUUCGCCAGGCUCGAGACGCACCGAGACAAAUACCAGAACUACGCCAUCGGUGGAAAAGGAAACGUCUCCUACCCGAAUAAUCUCCUUCGGAACGUUGCCCGUGGCGGCACGGAAGCCAACUACAUCCUGGUCAUCGACAUCGACAUGGCACCCAGUGCCGACCUCCACCAGCAGUUCCUGGCGCUGGUCAUGAGACGUGAACCCGCCACGGACGAGGUCUUCGUACUGCCCGCCUUCGAGAUCCGCCACGUACGCAAGAUGCCCGCCACCAAGUCGGAGCUGGUGCAGCUGUACCAGGUGGGCGAGGUGAGGCCCUUCUACGAGGAGCUGUGCCCGCGGUGCCAGGCCCCUACAAACUACUCUCAGUGGGUGAACAGACACCGCCAGGGUUUGGGGCCCCUGGACGUGGCCUAUACGUUAUCCUGGGUGGACCCCUGGGAGCCCUUCUAUAUCGGGCCCCGCACCGUGCCCUUGUACGACGAGAACUUCAGGCAGUACGGCUUCAACCGCAUCAGCCAGGCCUGUGAGCUCCAUGUGGCGGGCUACAGGUUCUCCGUGCUGAACUCUGCCUUUGUGGUGCACAAAGGGUUCAAAGUUCAGGGUGAGUUCCACAGCAGGAAGGACGAGGAGAACCGAAGGAACCGCCUGCUCUUCCGCAGCUUCAAGGAGGGCCUAAAGACCAAGUACCCCUCCUCCCCUCGACGCUGCUGAGGAGACAAUGUGAGAACACUGGUGCCUGAUUGACACUAUAGGGCAAAACUAUGGGUUGGCCUGGUUACGCAUCCACCAUAGUUGCUGGAACUGUGCUAGGGAGGAUAUCCAAGCCAGAAUAGUACAGUUUGGCCCUAUAGUGGGAUACAGCAUUGGAUCACUUCUCCCCUAAGUAUGGCGCUAGAGGUUGAUUUGGAGUUCAGCACUCCUAUAAGUCCACAAGACUUCUGUCCAGCAAGAAAUCAACAAAUGACUCACUACACUACAACAUAAACAUGAACCAGUCUCUGGUCCCUCAAUUUCUGCUCAUUUGUCUGUCGUUCAACCACCAGAGAGACACCUGACUCCACUAGGGUUUCAUCAUCAUCAUCAUCAUCAUCAUCAUCAUCAUCGUUACCUAUGUAUUUACAGUGAGGGUGGUCCUAUCAUUUCCAGUGGUUUCCAGUGCCCUCUUGAGACCUUCAUCCAGCCCAAGGAGAACAAAACAUAGACACUUUUUACUUACAGAGCAUUUGUGACAGAAUAUUUUGUAAAUAUGACCUUGUUCUAUACAAGCUGGGCUGGGUUGACACUCCCAUAGAGAGAUGCAGUCUAUGUAGCGGGAAAGAGUGACAAGAGUGGUCUGGGUCGAACACUGUUACCAGUGUGUUAACUGGAAAAGGCUAGUUAUGUAAUACCUGCAGGUUUAACAAACACUGAUAAAUGUUUAGAGAGACUGUAAAAGCAAUGGAUAUUAUACAUUUUCUUCGCUACUACUCACAUACAGUAUCUAUUUAAUUGAAAUGCUCAUUUAUUUAUAAAGGAUUUGAUUUUUAUGGUUUGCGAUAAUUUGAAGUGUAAAGAGUUUUAUGAACUUUGCUCCGUUCAUCUUUUAUGUUGUUUUCUUAAAGGUGAUCAGCUCUUCAGGUCACGUACAGUAUGUAGGCCCUAGUGGCCGUCCCAAAUGGGCUGCCAAUAGGGACCUAGCCAUAGUCUUCAUCCUGGAUAUUUUGCAUUGUGAAAAUAUGGUACAGUAUUACAAUUUUCUGCAUACAUGGCGACUGACUUGUUGGACCUGUGAAGGACUUACUGUAGCACAGAUAAGUUCUGUACUCCAACCACUAAUUAAUAUUGUUCUUAGUUAUUUGGGAGUCAAAUUUGAAUUACAUUUUGAAAGUUUACGUAUUAGUGUGAUAUUUUUCAAAUGUAUUGCUCUCUCCCUGACCUGAGAAUGACCUGAGAAGGGUUUAAGUUGUCCGAAACGUAAGUAUCAAUGCUUUGUUUGGAUUCCUAUUAAAAUACACACAAAAAAACUA